CAAACAUGAUCCUGUGGUGACAGGUUCGCCUUGAUCAUGACUCCUGCUUUGUCAGCGCCAUACCCAUGCUGUGGGUUCAACUAAGUGGGUUGUCCUUCCACAUUGCAAGUUGAAUAAGACGGCAAAUGACAAUCGUAGCAAGUUCCUACAAAUAACCUUUGAACGUCCGAUAACUAAAAUGUCAUUAAAUGUACCGAUCAAGCAGUUAAUGCAUGACUACCCUAAUAACAUAAUAACAGAAACUGUUUGGAAUUUCACACACGGCAUUCUUUACAACCUACAUUCUGUAUACAAGACUGACAGUCAUCAAUUACUAGACCGUGAUCUACCUUAUACAAUGUUCAAAGCGCCGUAAAACAAAACUACCUCCCUGUAUUGAGGGUUAUGUUACAUUUCGUAGGAUGUUUCGUGUACGGACUUAUGAUAUUAAAACUAACGUCCACAUUUUUUAAAUUUAUAUUCCUAUCCAAAAAUCCAGAUCCACCCUAAAAAGGUCCCAAAAUAUUAAAAGACCAUUCCCUAAACACUGCUAUUUCGAAGUCCCCCAAACCCCGUUCCUUUUCUUCAUAUCUUUUAUGAAUACAUGUUAUGAACUUUACUCUAGAUUUGGCCAAAAAGUACAUUUGUUCAAAUCUUGUGAAACGUGGUAUGCAAGUGACCGAACGUAGAGUUAUUUCCCUUGUAACACUCACAGUCAAGCUCCUUCCCAGCGCGUGACACCUUCGUUACACUCUCGGUAGCCCCGCGAACGGGAUAUCGCUGUGAGGAGCUUGGUUCACGAUUGUUUACAAAUGGCAGCGUACCUACGACGGUGUGGAAAGAGCAUAGUUGGUUGAAUUCAGUGUGUAAAGUUUAGACUCAGUACUUAACAAUAAUGCCUGUUUCGGGAGGCAGGGGUGGAAAGCCACCAGGGAAUUCAAGACAGAAAAAAGAAGAGGUCGCAGAGAAGGUCCGUGAAAUGAAACUCCGACAACAGAACUGGAUGAAGCAGAGAGAUGAACAUCUGACCAAGGAUGAAACCGUCGCUACAAAGACAAAGGCGAAUAGUAAGGAGAGUCAUUCCAACGAUAGAAAUGGGCCAAAGAAAGCUUCAGUUCCUGCCCCAAAGUCUUUGUUGUCAAGGACACAGAGUGCUGAGGGUCGACUCAAUACACGACCGUCUAAACCAAACAACGCCAAUGGGGGAGGACCCAGUCAAAUAAAUGCCCGGGGAAAGUUCCAAAAUUGGCUGCAAGUUCGACAGACCAGUUCUGAUGUCGCCCCAGAAACUACAGACUCUGGUGUAAGGGACGAAGAUGAGCAAUCACAUGACCUAGAUGAGGCUUCAGCUUACAUUCCAAGAGGAACAUCUGCCCCAGUGUGUCAACAAAGAGAUGAGUUUUCUGACUUUUCUGAGGGAGAAUUUGAAGAGUUAAAAUCAAGAUUGCUGGCACCGAAAGAUUUUGAUGCUUUAGCAGACAGAAUUGUUUCACGUGUUAAGAAGGAUCUUGAUUUAAAUGGGACUGAUCGUCAAUAUAAGACAGGUGGUUAUCAAAGCAAGCGACGUGUGUCGUCAGAACUGCCAUUAGAAAAUGGAGAUUCGUCCUCAAAUAUGUCCAGUCACCAUUGUCCAUGCUGUUCAGAAAUAAUGAUUGGUUCCCAGUUCACGCCUCUGUUGUUGAUUCCAUGCGGACACACAGUGUGCCGCGAGUGCUGUCAAGGGAGAGAACUCUGUCCAGAGUGUUACUGUAGCAUUGGCUCAACAACCUGUAACAUUAUGCUACAGCAGAUCAUACAGGAAUAUCAGGGCAAGAAAACUGUGCAGAAGAUUUCUCCAUCACGGACAUACAGGAAGGAUGACAAGUACAGUCCGCAGAAUUAUCAGGAACACACGAGGGGUACACCUUUCUCAGUGGAUAACCAUCAUUACGCAGAGCAAUUGCAGAAUCUUCAUACACGCCUGGACGUCCUGUCGUCGGAGAAGACGACCGCCCAGGUGGAGUGUGAGAGACUCGCCGAUGCCAUUCAGAGAGAGGCUGUGCAGGUACGGAACAUCUCGAAGGAGGAGGACAACAUCUGCAGCCAGAUAGACACCCUGGAGGAGAAGCUGAACAUACUGAGGCAGCACCGGGGGGAGUAUGAGAGUAAAUGUCAGGCGAUGAAGGGUGAGCGCGAGGAGGCACAGAGACGUCUCACCCUGCUGAAGGAGACCAUUGAGAGUCUGAACAAUGAGCUGGAGAAGGUGCAGCUUCUUUCAGAAGCAUGAUGGAUGUACCCAAUACACAGGAAUAGGACUGCUAUGGAGUCAUGAGAAAGAACUGUCAUCAGAUAUGUAUGUGUCUUCAUUUCCAUAACCCAAAGGAUUUGUGGAUGAACAGGUUCCAAGUUCCCCAUGUUCUCUCUCAUUUGGAACAGAAUACCGGUAGAUCUCAAGUACCCCCUGGGUGAUGUCUCAGUGGGGAUUCUGAGGUAGAGAAUAUCUGCAGUACACAUGCUUGUCUCCUCAUGCAAUGACAGAACAGGUCCCCAGUACCCCAUGCUUGUCUCUGUGUGGGUAUACCAG